AUGCCCGCUCCGAUCGAGAACGAGAUCAACGAGCCUGCUGCCCUCGAGUGGCCGCAGGGCGCCGAGCCCUUCGUCGUCAUCAAGCAAGAAGUCGAGCUCGAUGUUGAUCUCGCUAAGAAGCAGAUCAGCGGUGUUUCGACACUCUGGAUAUUCCCUCUGCUGCCCGAUAUGGAGGAAAUCUCUCUGGAUGCGCGCAACUGCGAAAUCGACCUCGGGAACGUUACUGUCGACGGCGUUAAGACCCAGGCGACUUUUUCUGAUCCCUACGACCUUAUGCAGACCCCGUCCCAGUGGCAGAUCGGUGCCACUCAGCAUCACAUCCUCAAGAAGCGUAUGGCGUCGCUGCGCCCGAUCAAGCGUCCCGAAGUUCCCAACUUGGACCGGGUCUCCCAGCCCUGUUCCGUUCCUUGCGACGGCGCUCUAAAAAUCUCGCUGCGCCCUGAGGGCAUGAACAAGGAUGAGCCGCGCCGUAUCUUGAAGAUAAAGACUUUGAAGGUCGGCCAGGACUCGCUGCUGGACGCACCCGAUCCCAAUGAUAAAAAUGGGCUUAAGAUCUCCAUUCCCUUUCGCUCUAAGCACAUCAGGGAUGGGAUUCACUUUGUUGGCUGCGACGAAGGCGAUCAGAGAUAUCCCCACGUCUACACUCGCCACUCUCUCGAGCCCGGCACGGCUUGCUGCAUUUUCCCGUGUGUCGACGACCCUGCGUCUCGUCAUCCGUGGAAGAUCUCGAUAAAGUGCCCCAGGACCCUGGGCGAUGCAUUCCCUCGCUCCGGCGAGAAUACCAUCUACCUUGCCGACGAAGAGCGACUGCUCGAUCUGACUGUCAUCUGCUCUGGCAACCUGAUCGGCGAGCAGAUCGAUCCGAUUGACAACCACAAGAAGAUUAUGACGUUCGAGUCCCAGCUUACGGCGGCUCAGCACAUUGCCUUUGCAAUCGGUCCCUUCGAACACAUCGACCUUUGGUCCGAAUUCCGGACAGAGGAGGCGGAUGAGAAGCUUGGUGUUAACGCCGCUAAGAUCCACGCAUACUGCCUUCCCAGACGCGCUGAUGAAGUUCGCCAUACCUGUGCGCCCAUCGUCAGGGCUGCCGACUUUUUCGCCCCAGAGUUUGGGCGCUACCCCUACGACAGCUACAAGAUCUGCUUCGUCGACGACAUGGUCUCGGAUACCGUGACCGCGACUUCCAUGUCUCUUUGCAGCAACCGGCUGCUCUAUACCGAGGAUCUCAUGACCCCGAGAUCGAGCUGGCUGGUUGUUGGCAUCCAGUGGUUCAUGACCGACCUCUUCAUGCGCAGCCUCUGCGGUAACAACUGGUACCGUUUUCACAUCAAGACCCUUUCCGACAGGCUUGUCGAGGUCGACGUUCACCGCCCCUCCCUCCAUGACCUCGGCGAGUACCUCCACGUUGGCGACUUUGAGCUUGAGUUCAUGUCGCUCAAGGCACCCCUGGUCCUGUUUAUUCUGGACCAGCGCAUGUCCAAGAUCCCCGGCUCAUCGGGCAUCGUCCGGGUCAUUUCGCAGCUUGUUUCUAAUGCAAACAUCAACACGACCAUCGAGACGACCUCCCUUUCUGAAGCCGAUUUCCGCAAGGCCUGUGAGAAGAAGAGCCAGUACCGUCCGGAUGAGCUCUGGGAGCAGUGGGUUCAUGGCGCCGGGUGCCCCAAGCUCUCGGUUAAGCAGCGGUUCAAUAAGAAGAACCUGAAUGUUGAUAUAACGAUCACCCAGGUUCAGGCCAAGGAUUCCUCUCAGCCCAAGGCGAUUACCAAGGAUGUCUUUCAACGCGAACUUUUCGAGGAGGUUCAUGAGGUGUGGGCCGGGCCGGUGCCCAAGUACUUUACGGGCCCGAUUACCAUCCGAGUUCACGAAGCCGACGGCACACCUUAUGAACACUACCUUUCCAUAUCGGACAAGGACAAGGGCCACACCCAGCUCCAGAUUGCUUACAACACCAAGUACAAGCGUAUGAAGCGUACGAAAAAGGCCAUCAUGGCCGCCGCUGCCGCCAGCACGGGCGACAAGCACGACAUCCAAGAGGAUGAUAUUGUUUAUUUCAACAUGCUCGGUGACGUGCUCAUGUCGCCCCAGGACGCCAUCGACUGGGGCCUGCAAGACUGGUCCGAGAGCGUCCAGCAGCAGAUGGAUCAAGAGUCGUACGAGUGGAUUCGUUUCGACUGCAACUUCGAGUGGCUCUGCGCCUUGCAUAGCGACAUGCCCGGGUACAUGUACUCGGCUCAGCUGCAACAGGACCGCGACGUGGUCGCUCACCAAGACGCCAUGCUGUUCUUCUCCAAGCAGCGUCACCAUGCAGUUACUUCUACUAUCGAUGUCCGCACCGUCAUGGAUCGGCGCUACUUCUACGGCAUUCGCGUCAUGGCUGCCCAUGAUCUGACGAAGCAGGCCAACCCGGACCUCAACUGCAUCGGAAAGGCGCAUCUCAUCCUCCUCUACCGCCACUUUUUCUGUGACAAGGUUAUCGGUAAGAACGGCCAAGUCACUUACCCGCCCGCGCCGAACGAUUUCUACGACAAGGCCCAGUACGAGGUGCAGUGCGCGAUUCCGCAGGCCAUUGCACGGAUCAGAGAGAACGGCUUCUGCCCUCGUGACGCGCGCCGCUUCCUGUUGGACCUGCUCGUCCUCAACGCCGAGACCGAGGGCGAAUACUCUGACCACUUCUACAUCUGUAAGCUGCUGCAGGCCCUGACAACUUCCAUCAUCCCUGAGAAGUAUACCGGCGAGACGGACCUUCUUUCGUCGCUUAGGUCGGACGAUCCCGUCGAAAGCGAGCUCAAGGACUUCAUCAAGGCUGUGCUCGACGAGAUCGAGAAGUAUCGCCGCAAAGAUGAGUGGGAGUUGACGUGGCACAACAUCUGGACCACCACCACGCUCGACUGCAAGAUGCGCCUGAUGAAGGCCCGCGUGAUCCCCGUCGAGCCGAUCGAGUUUGUCAGGUACCUGCAGGACGAGAACCUCGAUCUCAUCCGCAUCAAGGCCCACGAAUGCCUCGUCGAGCUCGGCUUGCUGGCCAGGCCCUGCAUCCUGAGGCUGUUCCUUGCCGACAUGACGUCCUGUCCCUCUCCUUUCGUUCGCGACCGUCUCUUCAAGAUAUUUUGCCGAGGUCUCGCCGCCAUUGCCCUCGGAGAGAGUUCCAUCUCCCAGCCUCGCCAAGAAGAUGUGGUCAAGCACGACGACGGCGACCUGAUCCUCGAAGCCGGCGAGAGCGAGAUCCGCCAGCGCAAGCUUGACGCCACGCGCAACCAGAGCAUCCAGCAAACCAUCGCCGCGCUCAAGGACGAGCUCAAAGACAACAUGGAGCUGCAGGAUGCCAUGUGGAAGGCGAUCGAGUCGCCGUGGCUCAGCGCCCGCGAAAAGCACCAGCUUCUCACCGUCUGCUCGGCCAUGUGGGAGCCGGAUGACUCGCUCCUCAUGACCUUCAACUACCCUAAGAUCUGGAAGUGCACGCGCGAAGUGGUGGUCAACGGUAAGGCCGGGGUUAAUAGGAAAUCGUGCAUUGUGCGCUUCACCACGCAUUAUCGGACGGAGCCGAGGAACAAGCGGCCGUUUGAUUUUAUUUCCUCUGGUUCAGUGGCUGGGCAGCCUUCGGCGGCGGAUAACAAGCCCCCGGAGCCGAAGCGUAUCAGGAUCUCUAGGCCGUCUAUCAGCUUACCGUCGGGCAGCGUACCUCCUACCCCGUCAACCGCCCAACGCAAGGACUCCAUCUCGGUCAGCAUCAUUCGCCCUGCGCCCCCUCCCACACCCACAGCCGGCACCCCCGCCGACUCUAUUGCUGUCCAGCCCCUUCAACGCGUCUCAUCAGCCCCGCUGGCAGCUUCUCCCCCGCCAAUGUCAUCUGGUCCAUCCCUGCCCCCCAAACAGACUGUCAAACUUUCCGUCAGCGGCGCGGGCAGUAUCAGCAGCGAGCAGAAAACCCCCAAAGCGUCCUCCUCAUCCACGUCCACAUCCAAAAAGCGCAAAAGCGACGACGCCGACGCCCCGUCUACUACCGGGUCGACGUUUCAAAGUCGCUCGACGAAGAAGGCGCGCACUGCUAGUGCUUCCGUUGCACUUGAGAAUGGCGCCGGCACAAUCACAGCAAACGGUGGUGGUGGGCCGGCAAGACCGAGAAGGGUUGUCACGGUGCCAUUUAAGGCGUGGCAUCGUCUACCGGAGAGGAUUUACGGUGCUAUCGCGGCCGAGCGGAGAGCUCUCUCGUUGGGGAGUGGCGUGAAGCCGCCGCUGUCGAGGAGUAAUACAGAGUCUGGGUCGGGGACAGGGGCUCCAUCAAGGAGGAUUACGCUUCCCACUUCCAAGCCCUCUUCUUCUUCCACCGCUGGGACUGGUGCGCAGCGCGCUGCGUCAGGGGAGGGGUCUUCCUCUUCUUAUGCUGCUGGAAGGACGGCGCUGCCAUCAUCAGCACCCGGCGGCUCAAGCUCAUCAUUGGCUGGAUCGUCUGGCUCAACACAGGGAGCCGCAAGUCAGAGCCAGAAUGCCGGUGCUGGGAAUAAUGGCAAUGGUAUCACGGUGAAGAAGGCGAGGAAACCUUUACCUACGGCUGCGCCUAAGGAUAGGGAUCAUUCUCUGCAUGGAAAUACACCACAACAGCAACAUGGGCAUGGCUCGUCGCGUCAGGAGCCGUUGUCGAGUGCCGGCGCUGGAACAACAAAUGCAGGGCUAGGGUCCAGUGGUUCAGGGACGGGGGGUUUGCAGCAACAGAAGAAGGUGAUUAAGCUGAAGUUGAAAGUUCCUGGACCUUCGGGGACUGGGGGGAAGUGA